CACCACCGCAUCACACCUUAUUGAUCCACACAAGCUUAGGUUCGCCAACUUGAGGCUACUCCAUUGCUGCCACCAGUGUUAGACCUAACGCACUGGCCUGAGGGGGUCGCCACACACGCUCUCGCCGGGUGUCCUUCACUGUGACUGACCUUAGAGGACUUUUUUCUUUAUUUUUUUUUACCAUUUUUAUCGUGGCAAAAGUGUGUGGAUCUUUGACACCUUUUUUUUUUUUUGGAAGCUAUGCUCGUGUGUCUCGUGGCGCUUUCGGUGAUCGUCGAAUUAGUUGUUUAAAAAAGUGAUUUCUUGUUUCAUGUGAUAACUUGUGGCCUUUCUUUUUGUGAAAGUUAUAUGAUGUUAUAAGAUUGUGAUAUAUGUAUGAACCCAGAAAGGUUAUGAAGAGACUGUCAUAUCUUUCGGGAAGUAAAUAAAGAAAAGAAGUGAUUUUUGCUCAGGCUUUUGAUACACUGCUUUGGCUGAGUGGUGACUUGCCGCCCCCCCCCCCCCCACACACACACCCUCCUCUGACAUCGUCUCCUGUCCUUGGGGAGAUCGAUUUUCCAGAUGACAUCCUCAAGGAGCCGAGUGUGACGUGCCCUCGAGGAUCGAACCUUUGAAAGACCUUUUGGUGGCGCCAUUUUUCUUCUUCUCUGAUAAAAAGGGGAGUGCAUCCUUCUGUGGGAAAAAAGGGACGGUCGCAUCUUCUCCUACUAAACUUGAUGUGAAAUGAACCAGAUCCCAGCAGCCUCGAGGGAAGUCUAAGGAGGAGUAACUCCCGCAGGCCCCCGAGUCGUAACUCGUAGCGGAUGGCACAGCGACCCGGCCCGAUGUAAAGUCUUCGGGGGACACCAUUUCUGUCCGAGAAUCGCGUGCGGCGAGACCGUCUGACGGACGUUAAUCGCCGCCCACUUCGCAUCGCUUCUCGGGAAUUGCCGCGAAAGGAAUUCCUUGUCCCGCGGCGGCGUUCGCAAGCGUGACGCCCGCGGAGUGAAGGCGCACGUUGCGGCAAAUUGCACGAACUUGCACAAGGUUGCCGUCGUGCGCGGCCCGGAAGAUGAGCGUGCCGAUAGCGCCGAUGGAAAUGUUAUCGGGCUGUCAGUGAUUAAAACCAACGCUCCAGUAUCUCAUGGUGGCGGGCGCCCGUGACGUCACGACACUCCGGAGCGGGCGAAGAGGGGAAAAAGGGGGCGUGUCCGGCGAUGGGCGGCCGGCCAUGAGGAGGAGAGCUUUUCAACAACCUUGCUGGACAAUGAGGGCAUAAUGGGUCGGAAGCAAGGCCUUAGCUACUCCAUUAACCAACCUGACCUCAUUGAGCACGUGAUCCAACGGAACAACCUUCAGCAACAGCCUAACAACCAGAUCGUCACCGACAACCAGGACAACCAAGAUGAAAGGGAGAGUGAUGACAAGUGUAUGCUAACUCCCGAAGGUGGCGAGGUAGGUAUCGACUCUGGCAUCGUUACAGACGGAGGCUCAACCUCAUCCUCGAACUCCUCGCAUCAAGGGCAUCACUCACCCACUCACAUCCCCCACAUGACAGCAGGACAUACACAGGAUCUGUAUGCCCUGCCAGUGAAGCGGCCAGCAGCCCAGACGGGGUCACAGCACUCGACACCGACGCACCAGCCCGCACAGAGCGAAAAUCACACGGAGAAGACAGACCCGCCCAUAGAGGAUACCCUUCCACCUGGAUGGGAGAAACACGAAGAUAACGACGGGCCAUAUUACUGGCACAUAAAGAGCGGCACCAUCACCCGCACUCCGCCAGAACCCACAGACGCCGUCACCUCAGCACCUCUGAGGGCUGAGCGACGCCACAAAGAGUCGUCUGACCAGACAAGCAGUAGCGUGGCAGGGACGGUGACAAGGAGCAACACUUCCUCUGCUUUGUCUGAGCUCUCCGACUCACGCCCGCGCACCGCUGCCGUCGACAAUGCUUACAAGCGGCGCAGCUACCCCGCCCGCAGCGACAUAACCGAGGGGAGCGGGGGCCGCCCCAUCCGCUUCGCCGUCCGCUCGCUGGGCUGGGUGGAGAUCGCCGAGGAGGACCUGACGCCCGAGCGCUCUUCCAAGGCCGUCAACCGCUGCAUCGUCGACCUCUCCGUCGGCAGACGUGAUGUGCUCGACGUCGUUGGAUGCUGGGGAGAUGGGAAGGACCUCUUUAUGGACCUUGACGAAGGCUCGCUCAAGCUGGUAGACCCCGAGAACCUGACAGUGCUGAACACACAGCCCAUCCACACAAUCCGCGUCUGGGGCGUGGGGCGUGACAAUGGCAGGGAGAGGGACUUUGCAUAUGUAGCUCGGGAUCGUGUGUCAAGGAAGCACAUGUGUCAUGUUUUCCGGUGUGACACUCCUGCCAGGACGAUUGCAAACACACUAAGAGACAUCUGCAAGAAGAUUAUGAUUGAACGUUCACUUCAGCAGAAUAUGAACAAACCCCUUGAUACAAGUGCCAGUAGUGGAGGUGGUACUGGUAGAUUGACACGACCCACGAACUUGCCCACUGAACAUCGCCGAGUUCAUCGUCAUCCUCAAAUUAUUCCUGCUCAGUCAUUCCCCACACCAAUGGAGGAACCAAAGAAGGUCAUGCGUGUCGAGUACGUUGGUAUGCUUCAAGUUGAAAAACCCUCAGGCAUGGACAUCAUCAACACUGCAAUUGACAGAGUAGCUGAAGAAAACCCAAGACCUUGGAAACAAGUGUCAGUGGCUGUUGCUCCUUCCACUGUUACUGUCACAAAUACAGAUGAUGGCAAGCAAAUAGCCGAGUGCAGAGUUCGAUACCUGUCAUUCUUGGGUAUUGGUCGCGACGUGAGGCAUUGUGCCUUCAUCAUGCACACGGCCCAGGACCAAUUUAUUGCCUAUGUGUUUUAUUGUGAGCCAUCCACUGGGGCUCUCUGCAAGACCAUUGAGGCUGCAUGCAAGCUGAGAUACCAGAAGUGUUUGGAUGCCCACCCAGGCGUGAGUCGUGGCAGGGGAGCAGGAACCCCCCGCAGCAUUUCCUCCACCCUGCGCUCCAUGUUUGGUUCCAUCACUGGACGGAAGGCUCGGUCAGCAGAGUCUUGAGAUGAGGACUCACCUCUGCAGAUGCGCCAGUUCUCAUUGCAAUUUUAAUGACUUCUGGGCCCAGCCUGCAGAGCGUGAGGUCAUCCCGCACCGCCACCUGACCAGCCCUGGUGGAGGCUCCACUUCCCCGACUGUGUCAGGGUGUCCCUUUUCCUCACGACAGGUGCAGGCAUUGGUCUCUCCCACGUGUGAAUCUCCCCACUCCUUUACCACUCUCCAUCGCUCUCCAACCACUCAAGCCCUCAUGAAGGUUCCUCCCACACCAGCCACGCCCAUGUCCCCCAUGGAUGCCCUCCGUCGCCUCCAACUCCCUCCAGAUCUCUCUCCUCAGGAAGAGGAUUUAGAGGGUGGAGUUGACCUGGAGGAGGGAGUAGGGGAUGAGGAAGAUGAUGGCGUAGAGGAACUAGGAAGUACCUAAACUGAUCAAUGAAAUAUGCAGUUUUCUGCUUCAGAAGUGAAGUGCCAUUCAGCCAACAUGGUUAACUGCUACAGUCCUAAUAGUUUAACAAAAACAGCUGUACUGAUAUGCUUGAUGAGUUGGUAUCAGAAGCAACAGCAUGAAUUCAUUUCAAUAAAUCAUUUACAAAGUAAAAUGAUCUAGAGAGCAACCUAAAUCAUAUAUCCUAAUAUGCCCUCCAUACAGCCAUGCACAAUAUGGCAUCUUUUAUUUUUUGACUUCAGUAGAAAUGGUAGACUCCCUUAAGCUGAUAAUUGCAUCAUAUUUCCUGACUUCCUAAGUUCCUCUCUAGUCACCCGCCACUUUCCUACAGAUUGACAUAUAAUUUUGUCACAAGUGAUAUAUUGUAGACAAGACUGGAAAGCUAUAUCAUAGACAUAGAAAAUGGAGAUGGUUUGGAUUUUACUAUAAGGGGAUUCCUAUUAAUCCAAGUAAUGUGGGCGUGUGGCUUGGUGUUUGGAUCUGGUUUGGUGUACGCACGCUCAGCAGGGCCCAGAUUGGCUGGUUGUGUGUAGACUACCUUGCAUCACAAAUCUUCUGCACGUACUCAGUAUGGUUGAGUUUAUAAACGUAAGAAUAUCUUAAGAACUCAUUCUGGCCACUCUUUAGCAAGCUCUAAGUGUGCAUAACACGAGGAAUUCUUGGAAUUCUUACUUUAUGAAGACAGCCUCCGCUUCUCGGUACUCCCGUGGAAGAGAUCAUCAGCAGGGGAUCAAGUUGUGCCUCUGCUUGCGUAGAAAUUUUGCUAACCACUAACACAUUGAUGUACAUUUGUGAAUGUUUUAUGUGGCCUAGUGCAACUGUAUCUCUUUCUCUGCUUUAUCAUUAUUGUCACAGGAACAUGCUAUUUGUUGGAUGUUGACUGAUCUGUGUUUGGCCCAUGUUGCUGAGCUUAAUUAUUUUUACCUUUUUACAGUGAUUGAUUAUAGUGGUUUGUAUUUAUAUAUAUAUAUAUAUAUAUAUAUAUAUAUAUAUAUAUAUAUAUAUAUAUAUAUAUAUAUAUAUAUAUAUAUAUAUAUAUAUAUAUAUAUUAUUAUUAGAUGACUCAACAGAAGUUCAUGAACAUUAUGUAAUAUGGUGAAAAGAGUUAUGCUUAGAAUUUAAACUAAUCAAACACUGUCAAGUUAAGAUCACAGUAUAGCAAUCAGAACAAAUAGCUAAGUAUGUUUGGUGAAACAUAACUUUAACCUCACUGUCAGCUGUGUUGUAUAUAUAAGCAUACACACACACAUAUAUAUGUGUAUAUGUAUAUGUAUAUAUAUAAUGUAUGUAUGUAUGCAUGUAUGUAUGUAUGUAUAUAUGUACAGACACACUUUUUUAUUUUAUUUUAUUUUAUCUUGUGUGUGACAAGAUUCUUGGUCAUUCAAUCUCUCAGCUUUGUUCAAAACAAUUACUGUACCUCUUCAGCUGAACUCAUAUAGGCUACUUCUAAUCUUGUUGACUGUGAGUGAAUGUUUUCUUGUUACCGCAUAUAGCCAAGUAACUAGUCGUUAACAUAAUGUACUUAUGAGUGCUUGACUGGAGAAACUUUACAUACUUAGGGAUAUAAAUCAGUGAGCACAAGGAGCUUAGUCAGCUUGCAAGAUCUCCAGGUCUGCAUGGAUAUAAAAGGGCAGCCAUAAGUAAUUGUAGGUCAGAUUAGACAUCAUUGAUUGGGAAUAGUAUUAUUCCCACUCUUGUUUCUUUUGCUUGUAGCUCCCAUCUGUAGCAUAUAAUACCAUAUUUCCUUGUGCCCAUUGUGAAUAACACAUACAUAAAGCCUUAGGUGUAAAAUAGAACCUAUGUAUUUGUAGUGUUCACUUUGGUCAGUCACCUGAGCCUCCUAAACUGACCCACAGAGGGCACAUAUUCCACCAAAGUCAGUUGAUCAUUGUUAUUUUUAUUUUAUUUAUAUAUUUUUCAUAGGAAGCAUCUCAUCAGAUCGUGAAAGCUACUUGAAUUUCUGCCAUCUUUCUUUUCUUAGUAUUUUUUAUUUAAAUAAUAUAAAUAACUAAUAUAUAUAUAUAUAGUAUGACAAUUUGCAAUGCUAGAAUUUUAAGGCAUGAAAACAUGGUGUGUUGAGAUAGCUUCUUGACAAUUUAAUGUGAAAAAAAAAAAAAAACUUAGGUUGGGUCACUGUAGGAGAAGUCCACACAGCACAGUAACAUACAUGUAGCCACAUCAGCAACUAUGGAUCUUAACAAAUAUGCCAGUAACUAUUUAUAGUUAAGUAAAGAAUGUCUUUUAAUUUAGUACUACUGUGUACUUGCUUCUUUAAUAAUUAAAUCAUUUUGAAUUAGCAUCACAUUGUUAGUGGCAUUUGUGUAAAUUGUGAAAUAACCAUUCGUUUUUAUUUCUUAUUUCCUUACAUUUUGCAAAAUUAUUACCAGUAUGUCAUGGAGAACUGUAUAUAGGAAUUACAGGAUGUUGAAUACGAUAAAUAUUUACGGCAUGUUUCAAGUUCUGAAGAUAGUGUAGAUCAAAUCCGUGAAUGUCAAAUGCAUUCCAGGGACAAAGUUCCGGAGAAAGAAUAGAACUUUCCUUAUUGAGACCUAUCGUUGCUGGUUAUGUUACGAUCAUUGCCAUAGUUACCAGCAUGUGGUAAAUUACCCAUGAUUUGAGUAAAAGUUUAUGAUUGCUGGUGUAUACUGGAACAGUUGAAACUUGUCAGAAAAAAAAAAAAAAAAUCUGAAUAUUGCAGAACCAGUUAGUGCUUUUUUAUUUUAACUGACAGAACUGUAUAAAGUAAGGUUAAAUAUACAGGUAUACUGGUAGAUUUUAUGAUUUUAUCUCUUGAAAAAGUAGAAUGGUUCUUGCAUUGGUUUAGAUAAUGCCAUACAUACAUUCCAUUGAGGUAGUAUAUUGAUUUGAGGGAGGAAUAUUGUUAAAGCCAAGGCCAUUUGUAGUGGCCAUUCUAGAUUGAAUAACAGUAGAUUGUAAGGCUCAUAAUUGUUUAUUAAUGUUCAUGUCCAGUCAUUGUGAGAGACCAAGGAACUGUCAUUCCCAGUUUCAUGGUUAUACCUUAAGUAAUUAAGAUGACUGAAGCAACCAUUUGCAUUAUUUCUGAAAAUUUUUAGUUCAAAUGCCUCUUGAGAUGUAAUACUUUAUGGGUGAAUUUUUGUGUAUUUUUGUAUUUCAGUUACACAUGUAUGUACAACUCCUCUGGCAAGUCAUGUAUUUAAGUGCCUGUCUAUUUGCAUUGCAGGCGCUUACACAAACUUUAUCAAUGUUGAUACCCAGGUGUGAGCAAAAUACAUUAUUACAUAGAAUAAA